GAGCUUGUCUCUCUCCCAUCCCACACGACAGCGGUCUCGGUCCUCUCGAUAUCUAACAGAACAGGCCUGCGCAGAGACUGCGGGGUUAGCGUUCACUGCCAUGCAUAUCGAAAGGAUCAGGGUCCGGCCUCGGAAAAACCCGCCGGCAAAUAUAUGUGCUGCGCAACUGACAUCUAUGCUGAAUUGCUGGAUGGCUUCCGGAGAUAUCAUGUCCGCAAGCCAGUGCAGGACUGCGGCUGACGACCUGUUCCGCUGUAUGGCGACUACUCCCUUCAAAGGCAGACCACACCAGCCGACCAUCAAUUACCAUCUUGCUCGUCUUAACAAGAAAAUUCAAAAAUAGAUGUCUGCUUCACUUGCAUGUCAUCGUCCCCAUACUUCGACAGCCAUGUCAAACGAUUACUACCGUUAUAUGUAGGCCCUUCAGCUUGGCAAGAUGCGAACUCGCAAAGGCAGGCCCGCUGAGAACUUCAACGCCCUUCUUUCGGCCAUGCUCGACAUAUCUCUGACGGCCCAUAUGUGAAAGUCUCCAAGAAUGCCGUGAUGAGGGCAGCCAGCUCCUAGGCGGUGCACUACCUCCAGAGAUCCUUGUAGAUACUAUGCUCUGAGUAGAUAGUUGCCCUGAGGAGGUUC